AUGUCAAUCCCGGGGAGGCAACAUCGCCCAGAGGUAAUCGCCAACAAUUCGGGACAUGGCAGCCAGUACAUAUCUGAAGGCAUUGGAGAUCAGAAUGCGGUGUAUGGUAACGGUACGAUGGUUAAAUAUAAUCAGCACUUCAACAUUAGUUUGCUAAAUGGAAAGAAUGGGAAGAUGGGAAUACCACCUUCAGUCGGCCAAUUUUUUCAGAGAUUUGGGGGACCAGAGAGUUGGGCACAAGAGCCGACUGAUGGAAACAUCCUCAAGUGGUUAACGACCCAACCAAAUCAAGUUCCACUCAAUUUUAGCCAAUACCAACGCAAUCUCAUCAUUCAGCUGUCCAAGGGUACCGGCAAGUGGAUUCUCAAUUCUGAGGAGUUUCUCGAGUGGAAAGAAGCCUCCAGCUCGUCUCGAAUUUUGUGGAUGCAAGGCAUACCGGAGAAGCACGCUGUGCCACUCAGACGUAUCUGGGCGACGUUGCUAACCCAGCUCUUGAGCGCAAAUCCAAGCAACAUAACAAGUGCAUUGAAGGAAAAAUUCACCGACCCGUUCAGAAGAUCAGCCGCACUUGAUUCAUCCGAAUAUUUCGAUCUCUUCAAGGCACAAGUAGCGACUGUCAAGACCGUUUACCUGAUCAUUGAUGCCCUAGAUAGCUGCCAGAACGCUCCCCGAGAAGCGACGCUAAAGGGGUUCCAAAAGGCUCUUGUGGAUCUCCCAGAUAAUGUUCGCAUUCUUUUCACAUCCAGAGACAAUUAUAUAGGAAAAGACGUCGGAGCACAUCGAGAGCUUUCCAUCACACCCAGAGAGGCAGAUGUGUUGACCUAUGUCAAGAAUCGAAUUGCGGAUGAUGGACGCUUACGAAGCGUACUGUCUAAGGCCGAACACCAAGAAGAGAUUAUAAAGGGUGUCACAACGAGGGCUAUGUCUAGCAAGAUGUUUUUGUCAGCCAAACUACACAUGGAUCAUUUGAGCAAGCAAGGGACCACCUUUUUUGACAUAAUGCAGGCUCUGGAGCAUCUCCCUGACAGCGCAUUGGGAGCAUUUAAAGCACUGACGAAGCAAAUUGCUCAGAGAGUAAAGACAAACAAAGGCAACGGUGAACUUCUUUUAACAAAACAUAUCCUCCUCUGGGUCUCACACGCCAAAGUCGACAUGAAUAUUAAACAGAUCCAGGAUAGCUUUGCCAUCAAAAAGAGCGAGGGAGGUUGCUAUGAGAACCAUCGCCCUGCCAAAGAGCUAGUGAUGCGUGCUUGCACCGGCUUGGUCAAAACAGAGAAGGGGACGUUUGGCUUAGUCCAUAAGUCAAUUAAAAAGCACCUUCUCCAGUUUGAAAUUAUAUCCAACGAUGCCGACCUCGAGAUAGGCAAAACAUGCUUAUACUUUCUGAUCAACACGUGCAAGGAAAAGGAGAAUUCCCCACUGCUACAAUAUGCCGCCAAAUGUUGGUGGGCACACCUCAACAGUAAAGAUCAGGUGUUCGACGAGAACACAGACUCAUUGGUUAUGAGGCUCCUCAGAGAUGGGCCCAAUCUCACCAGGGCUUUUGAGGCAAUGGAAGAGGCAGAAGGCGGUGCAUUUAGCGGCAUGACAGGCUGGCACGCUGCCAUACACUUCGACCUCUUAUCGUGGGCUGAGCGUCUUCCGCCCAAUAUUGAUGUCAACGCUCAAUGUUCAGAUGGCCAGACGGCUUUACACUGGGCAGUCCGAUACGGUCGACGCAAGUUCGUGGAGCUUUUGAUCCACAAAUCGGCCAACCUAAACUUAUGCGAUCAGGCUGGUGAUACCCCCCUUCAUAAAGCCCUCGUGGGGCCGGCUGCGGAUAAUGUGGCAAUAGUUAAGGCGCUCAUAAAGCGCGGUGCGCGGCUGGAUAUUCAAAACGGAAAGGGUGUGUCACCCCUGGAAAGAGUUAUCCAAUAUGGGCCUCCAUCAAUUGCUAAGCUGAUGAUUGAGAGCAAAGAGGAUGUCAACACCGAGAUAUUUGUAGACUGGACGUUGCUGAGAUAUGUUUUUGAGAUGUCUGGUGUAGUAGGCCAAGGGAGCCCGGAGACAAAGUAUGGAGAAUGGACCCAGUUACAGGUUGCGGUCACAGACCAUGUCCACACCCUUACCGAACUGCUGCUGGAGCGCGGCGUUGAUCUUAAUCGCCCUUCGACGAAAGAUGGAUGGACUCCCCUCGUAUUCGCAGCUAGUAAGGGGAACCUCUUCCUGAUGCGGCAGCUACUGAAUCGAAAGCCUGAUCCUGCUCGAGUCGACCUGAAGGAUCGAGAGAAGAAAACUUCUCUUUGGUGGGCCACACAUCACGGAAUGACCGAUGCGGUUCAGCUACUAGUUGCCCACGGUGCUAACGUGGGCGAGGCCUGCGGUGAUGGCUCGACUCCGUUGCAUGAAGCAGUCAAGAAGAAAAACAGCAGGCUGGUUCAGCUAUUUGCCAGCCUUGGGGCAAACAUAAACACAAAAGUGCCAAACGCGUCAACCUUGUUAAUUGAGGCUGUCAGGCUGCAGGAUCAUGAUACAGCCUGGGUGCUGCUGAACGCGGGGGCAAGGCCAAACGAGCAGGACAUCAACGGCAAAUCAGCACUCUUUUACGCUAUUGAGAGGCAAGACAAUGAUCUCGUAUGGCUCUUGAUCAAUGGAGGUGCUUCCGUCACCGCUCCGAGCCUCGCCAAGAAGACCGGCGGCAAGAAUACGGACAUGUAUAGGCAGACCCCCCUCGAACAAGCACUAAGACGACAGAACCAUUCUGCGGCAUGGCUGCUAUGUCAAUAUGGAGCCUCCCCAGACGCAGUUAUUGACGAAACGGGUAGAAGAUUACUGCAUCUAGCGGCAUACAGGGGGGAUCUUGAAGCUGUUCGUCUCCUUAUUCAGCGUGGCGCUAGCACUACUGUCCAAGGGGAGGGUGGGCUAACGGCGUUACAUUACGCUGUCUUGCUUGAUAGGGAAGACAUUGUGACCCUACUGGCCUCUAACAUUGCAGAAGCGUCAUCCCUUGAUGUCACUGAUGCCAAAGGCUUUACGGCCCUUUCUCUAGCCACGCAGCGAAAGAAUCCAACCGCAACACAGAUCUUGGUCCACCGCGGAGCAUCCUGUAAAGUAGCUGACCCAAGAGGCCUGACACCAGUACAUCACGCUGCCCGUCUGGGAUUCAAAAAGGGGCUUCGCAUGUUGUUAGAUAGCGGAGGUGACCCAAAUUCAGUCGAUAACAAUGAUUUCACACCAGUUCAUCACGCUGUCAACGGCUAUACCGACUCGGGCUUGGUGAAGAUGUUGGCAGAGAGCGGCGCUAAUCUGGACGCGGAAGACGGGAGUGGGCGAACGCCGCUAAUGCUGGCAGCCCAGCUAGGUAAACAUGAGCUGGUAGUUUGCCUGCUCGACGUAGGAGCCGAUGCUGAGGUGGAGGAUGGGGGUGGUCAUAGGGCGUAUCAUUACGGAGAGAGUUACCCCAACAUCCAGGAAUUGCUCGGAGCAUGUGGAGCGAGACGCAUGUAA